CCCAUUUCGCCUUGCCCCCCACCUCCGUCCCACUCCCACCCCACCCGCGAUGGCGACCGCCGAGGCCGGCCAGACCCCGCGCAAGCCCGCCUGCGCCGUUACCUUCGGCCGCUCCACCCUCCUCGGCUGCCAACUCGCCGCUGCGCUCGCCGCCUCGGGCCGCUGGUCGGCCGUCGCCGUCCUCGACCCCUCCCCUUCCCCUCCCCCACCGCCGGCCUCCCCCCUCGUCCGCCACCACGCCGUCGACCUCUCCGACCCCGCGCGUCUCGCCUCCGCGCUAGCCGGCGCCGCGGCCGUCUUCCAUGUGGACGCGACGACGGCAGCCGCCCCCGGGAGCGACGGGUCCUUCCUCUCCCUCCACCGCCUCGCCGCCGAGGGCACGAGGCGGCUCCUCGCGGCCUGCCGCGCGGCCGGCGUCGGCAGGGUGGUGUACACCGGCUCGGCCGACGAGGUGGCCGCCGGCGCCCGGGAUGUGGUCAAUGCCGACGAGGACUCAUUGUCCUACCCUGACAAGUUUGGGAACGCGGUGAGCGAGCUGAGGGCGCAGGUGGAGAUAAUGGUGCUGGGUGCGGACGGGUUGGAUGGGAUGCGGACGUGCGUGCUGCGCCCAAGCAAUCUGUUCGGGCCUGGCGAUUCGAGCCUGGUGAGGUUUGUUGCUGGAUAUGCAAGGUCUCCCUUGGGCAAGUUUGUAAUAGGUGGUGGCGGUAACAUGUCUGACUUUACCUAUGUGGAAAAUGUGGCCCAUGCCAAUAUUUGUGCUGAGCAAGCCUUGUGUUCAAAUGCAGCUUCUGUUGCUGGGAAGCCUUUUUUUGUUACCAAUGAUGAACCUAUGGAAACAUGGGAGUUUAUGAACUGCAUAAUGGAAGCUAUGGGUUGUCAGAGGCCCAGGAUUAAUCUUCCUGCCAAGAUGUUAUUGUUUGCGGCCUUGUUCUCCAAUAUGAUUCAUCACAGGCUUGGUUUUCAAAUGUUCUCAACUCCUCUUCUGCAUCCAGAUACAAUAUACUUCUUGUCACGCACAAGAAUUUUUAACACUUCAAAAGCUAGAAAAUUACUUGGGUACUACCCAAUUGUAUCGUUGGAGGAUGGAAUUAUGAGAACUGUGGGGUCAUUUUCAGAAUUAUCAGAUAAUUUGGGUUUCUCAAGGAAGCAACGCUCCUGUGGAUCAUCGAAGGCAGAUAAGCUGCUAGGAAGUGGAACAGCUGCUGAUAUUCUUCUUUGGAGGGAUGAAAAGAGAACCUUUUCAUUUGUGACAGUAUUGUUCCUGCUUUUCUACUGGUUCCUGCUUUCAGACAGAACUUUUAUCUCAUCGGCUGCCAAAUUUCUUCUAGUGACGUCCCUUGCUCUUUUCACCCAUGGUGUGCUACCUUCACAAGUCUUUGGUGUUACAGUUGAGAAGUUUACCUCUGAUCAUUUUGAAUUGUCACACUCAGCGUUGAGGAAUUCGCUUAUGUGCCUGGCUUCUGCAUGGAAUGGGAGCAUUCAUAAACUGAGGGUUCUAGCAGAAGGCGAAGACUGGAGUACCCUUUUAAAGGUAUUUGCAUUUUUGUACAGUAUCAAGCUGUUGUUGAACAUUCAAUUCAGAGUGCUGAUGGGUCUUGUAUUGGCAUCCUUGUUCAUCGUCUUCAUAGUCUACGAACAAUGUGAGGAAGAAAUUGACAGCUUGGUGUCAAAUGCUUCUGUCAAAAUCAAGUGGCUAAUGGACAGAGUAGUCGAUCGUUUGCCGGCUUCUUUGAAGGCAUAUAUAUCCUAGAGGAGGCAUCCAUGACCAUGACCUAGUUAUGCUUUGUUGCUAGAACACAUUUCACAUACUCUUUGAAGGUGUUGUUGCCAUUGUGUUUGUCUGUAAAAAUGCCUUAGUUCUUUUGUGCUAACAUGUCCUGUACAAUUUACCCGAAUUUGCUUACUGCUGUGUUAGAAUUUGUGAUUUUACAUGCAGCAAUAUGAUAUGCAAAGUUUAUGGGUGGUGCAAA